AUGGCUCCCAUCCGCGUCGCGAUCAUCGGCCUCUCAGCAAGCGCAAUAACCUCAUGGGCGGAAGAGGGACACCUGCCAUAUCUCCUUCUCCCCCGCGCUAAGGAGCACUACGAGAUCGUAGCUCUCCUCAACUCCAGCGUCCAGGCCGCGGAGGCGGCACGGGCUCACUUCCACCUCCCGGCCUCGGUGAGGGCACACGGCGACCCUGCCGCGCUGGCCGCGGACGAUGGCGUCGACCUUGUCGUCUGCUGCACGCGCGUCGACACGCACGUCGCCCUCGUGAGGCCAUCCCUCGAGGCGGGCAAGGCCGCCUUCGUCGAGUGGCCCAUCGCGUCCGGGUACGCCAGCGCGCUCACCCUGGCCGGCCUCCCCGGGUCCGCCAGGAGCGUCGCGGGCCUCCAGGGCCGCGUGUGCCAGCCCGUCCUGCGGCUCAAGGAGCUGGUCCGGUCCGGGCGCGUGGGCCGCGUGCUGAGCAGCGAGGCGCGCGUCUUCGCCAACAUCAUGACGCGCGACGCCCUGUCCGAGGGGAUGGCCUACUUCGCGGACCGCAGCAUGGGCGGCAACCCGCUGACCAUCACGUUCGGGCACGUCAUCGACUAUAUACACGACGUGCUAGGCGAGUGGGAGGGCGGCGAUGCCGCCAGCACAAUGCAGGUCCAGCGGCCGCUGAUCAAAAUCCUAGGAGCCGAUGGUACUCCGGCGAGGACUGUGUGGUCUGAUGUGCCGGAUUUCCUCGCGGUUAACGGGAGGGUUGCGCCCGGGAAGAAGAACGUUGUGGAUGGAGCGUCGCUCGCCGUCACGUUCAGGCUCGGCCCGCCUUUCAAGGGACAGCCGGCUUUCGUGUGGAGCAUCAACGGCGAGAAGGGGGAGAUUCUACUGACGAGUCCCUCUGGACCGUAUAUAUUCUCAGGGGACUCGUACGGCGAGCCCGUCCAGAUCCAGGUCCACGAUCAUGAGACUGAUAAGGUGGUGGAUGUGGAGGUGGAGUGGAAGGACUGGCAGCAGGAAAUACCUCUCCGCGCGAGAGGUACGGGCGAGAUUUACGAGCGGUUUGCCAAAUGGUGGGACAACGGCGCUCCCGGUGAGCCUGAUGAGCUGCCAGAAGCAGAAGCCUUUCCCACUCUCGCUCACUCCUUGGAGAGGAUGAAGGAGUUCGACACCCUUUUGAAAACACUGGAGUAG